AUGCUAGCGCGCUCGCUGUUCCGUGUGACCUCGAGGAAGCCAUCACCAUUGGUUGCAGCUACCACAGUCGUUGAUAAAUCGCAAGCUGCACACUAUUCCAAUGCCCCAACGAUGCACGGCACGACAAUUUUGUGUGUUCGCAAAAAUGGCAAAGUGUGUCUGAUUGGAGACGGCCAAGUAUCACUAGGCAGCACUGUGGUUAAGCCUAAUGCGAAAAAGGUGCGACGCAUCGGUGAGCAUAUUGUGGCGGGCUUUGCAGGAUCUACAGCUGACGCUUUCACACUUAUGGAGCGCUUGGAAGCCAAACUGGAUGAAUACCCGGGUCAGCUUACGCGUUCGUGCGUUGAACUGGCCAAAGCGUGGCGAACUGACAAAUUUUUGCGUCGCCUUGAGGCAAUUCUGAUUGUAUCGGACGUUAAUCAGUCGUACACGCUCACAGGCAAUGGAGACGUUCUGGAGCCGCAUGAUGGCAUCAUUGGUAUUGGCUCGGGAGGCACUUAUGCUCUGGCUGCUGCUCGCGCCCUGAUUGAUCAAGACUUAGAUGCCGAGACAAUUGGUCGCAAGGCCAUGAAGAUUGCCGCUGAUAUUUGUGUGUACACGAAUGAAAAUGUUGUUGUGGAGAUUCUCGAAAAUGACAUGGAUAAGAGCCAAAAGGAGUAA